CUGGCCGGCGUGGAGGCGCGCAGCGCCGACCUGGACCGUCUGCGCGCACGCCUUGUCGGCGCCGCGGGCGCCGCGGGCCCCGCCGACCGGCUCGUCGAGUUGACGACCGGACACGCCGCGCUGCAGCGCCGCCUGGCCGACAUGUUGGCCGAGCUGGAGGUGCACCGUCGCCUUGUGGCCCGGUUGACCAGCGACUGGGACGUCUGCUCGCGCCAAUUGACCGACCUGCGCAACGACGUCGAGGCCACGGAGACGGCCGAGUUGCCUGAGCCGGCUGCCCACCCCGUCGGUCUUGUCGGCUCACGGUUGCGCCGCCUGUCGUGUCUUUCGGGCCGGCUUGGCCGUCUCCAGACGGCCGAGGCGGAUGCGCUGAGCAGCGCGCCGCGCUGCCACCCCGAGGCGAGUUUGGCCGAGAAUCUCGUCAGUCUGCAGCAGGCGGCGCGAGCCGUAGACUCGUUCCAGCCGUCUUGGCUGCCGGCGGCGGCUGCGGCGCCGGAGACAGGCCGCCGCGAAGCGAUUCGAGUCGCCGAGGCGCUGGCGGCGGAGGCUCGCCGCCUCGCAGACCGACUGACCGGCGAGCGCGCCAGACUGACUGGCCAGCUCGACUGCUGGCAGCGUUUGAACGAGACAUUCGAGGCGGUCAAUGCGUUUAUCGACCGCCAAGAGGCGGCCUGGGCGGAUCUGCUGGCCGAGUGGCGCGCGCAGCCGGAGACGGUAGCACAAGCUGGCGCGGAGACGGCUGCGGGGGUGGAGAGGGUCGGGACGAGCCGAGCUCGUCUGGACGAGCUGCUCCGAUUGGAGGAGACGCGUGUGGAUGCGGUGCGCGCGCUCGGCGAGAGGACGCGGAACGAGGGCGACCGGUUGCUGGGGGCGGCCGAUGCGAGUAUGGACGGGCCGGCGGCACAGGCCCGCGCCACUCAGUUGUCGGGGCGACUGCACCAACUCGUCGAGUCGAUGCGUGUCGACGUGGCGGAGCGUCAAAGCGAGUUGGCCGGCUUGCGGCAGUUCGAGGAGCGCCUGGGCUCGCUCGAGGCCUGGUUGCUAAACGAGCCCGCACCGUGCGGAGAGGCCGCGGCAACGUGCGAUGCCGAGACGGGCCAGUUGGCCCGUCGGUUGGCUGAGGUGGAGGCGCGCGAAUCGGCGCUGCAGAGCCUCGGGCUGCCAGUCAAGUGCGCCGCCGAGGCGGCUGGCCAGCAGCUGCUGCAUCGGCUCGCGCACUCCUCCGCCUCGAGGCGGGACGGUUCGGCGGCCAAUCGCCGGCUCAUCGUCUCCGCCGCCCUCGAGGGGGUGGAGCGCGUGUGGGCGGCGCGCGUGGACGCGCUGCACGCGGACCGCCAGCGACUUGCCGCCUGCCUCGCCAGUCUGGCCAGCCUGGACGAUCAAGUGGCCGGCGCCGAGGCGUGGACGCGCGACGCGGCCAGACGCCUCGACGCCGUCGUGCGCGCGCCCGCCGAUCUGGCCGUCUGUUCAUCGGCGCUCUGGGGCGCCUCGAGGCUGGAGCGCCUGGAACACCUGCUGCAGCAGGUGGCCAGCUUCGCCGAGGACAGGCUCCGCUGCCUCCAAUCGACCGUCGCGGCUGCAUCAAGUCUGGCCGGCCGGCUCGACGGAUCGCCGCACAGCGACGACUUUGUCCACCUGGCGGCCCGGCUGGCCUGCGUUUGCGACCGCCAGGCCGACGUGGAGGCGCGCUGUGCGCGUCUCCUCGCCGCGCAGCGCACAGCCACACGCCGGCACGCCGACUUUUCGCUGCGUCUGCGUCGCUUCGAUCGAUGGCGCCGGCGCACGCAGGCGCGCGUCAAUGCCGAGUUUGCGCGCGCACUCGCGCGCGCCAAUCCCAGACAGGACCGACCUAGUCUGGCCGGCCUGGCCGCCGGCCUGUCGGCCGCACAGCUGCACCUGCGGCGUCGCUUGGACGCCGCGAGUUGCCAGGCUGAGGCGCGCUUUGCGCGGCUGCGCCCUCCCGCCCAGGCGCUGCUGCAGGCCAUGGCCGAAGCGCUGCCCCACCAGCUUGACGUCACCCUCGCCGGCCUCCUCGAACCGGCCACACGUUCGCGCGACGCACUCGCCUCGGCCGAGACGACCGAGCGACGUCGCCUCCACCACCUCGACGUCUACGCGCGCCGCUGGCUCGACUUUGCCGAUGCGCACGACGCCUGUCUGGCUUGGCUGGACGCCGCCGAACUGCGAUUGGUCGAGACGCGCCGACUAGACGUCGCCACCACCACCGCCCUCCUCGCCCAGCCCGGCAACGCGUGGCCGCACUCAAUAACGCAACAACUCAUUCGUUGCUGCCGCACUCGCCUGCACGACCAUCAGACCGCCCACGCCGACUGCCUGGCCGGACAGCCCCGCCUCGAUGCCCUCCUCCCCAAGGCUACAGCCCUCGUUCAACUCUCCCCGCACCCGAAAGCCACAGUCUUAUCGAUCGCUGACGCCGAGGCUGGCGACGAGGGUGACUGCGAAGCGGCCGGCGUCGGCGGCGCCGUGGUG